AUGGCUCUUACGUUCUUCCUUUGCUAUCAGAUGGCACCACAUUUGUUAGGGAUGCAGCAGCAAGCUCGCAUGGCGCUGCCGUCAGAGAUUGUGGAGGAGGAGCCAGUGUAUGUCAACGCCAAGCAAUAUCAUGGCAUUCUGCGCCGCCGCCAGGCUCGGGCGAAAGCAGAGGCAGAGAAUAGGCUCGUCAAGGCGCGCAAGCCUUAUCUUCACGAGUCACGGCACCAGCAUGCGUUGAGGCGUGCUCGUGGCUGUGGUGGUCGCUUCCUAAACACGAAACAACUGGAAGAGCUGGCGAGGAAAGAAAAUGGCGAGUCAGCCGACGAUCAGAACUCGGCUGGUAAAGACGAGGGCAAAAAAAAGCCCAAGCGCGCGAAUCGACGCCCUCCCGCUUCGUCCCAGAAACGCGUUUCCGUGCAGCAAGCAAUUGACAGUGGAAACGACAAGCAGGAUGUGUCAGGAAGCAGCGAUGACAUCAGCGAUUCCCCUGGUACUGGAACAAGCAACGAGGAACUCUCACGGCCUUCAGGCACUGCUGCUGGAGGCAUCAACAGUGGCGCGAUCAGUGGUUACCAGCUUCUGGACAGCGGUGCUCCCAGCGUGGCAGCAGGUGCGUCUGCCACAGGAGGGAACCCUGCCACUGAUGCUGCUGGGAUGGCUGCUCAAGAGGCUGCGGCACAGCAGUUUAUGAUGAACAGCUUGCAGCAGCACCAGCAGCAGAUUCAGUUGCAGCAGCAGCAACAGCAGCAGCAACAGCAGCAGCAGCAGCAGCAGCAGCAGCAGGAGCAGCAACAGCAGCAGCUGCAGCAAGCAGCUCAGCAGCAACAGCAGUUACAGCAAGCAGCUCAGCAGCAACAACAGCAGUCACAGCAGCAGCAGCAGCAACAGAUUGCUGGAUUUGAUCUAGGCUUUGCAGGAGCAAUGGGUUUCUACCCCUUCAGCGGAGUUGGCAACUUCCCUGGUGCAACCAUGGCGUCGGCUCAAGCGUUUCAGCAGCACACGGGCCAGCAGCAUGCCUUCCACCCAACUGGCGCCCCUGCUGCCUUCCAUCAUGUGUCUGCGUUCCACCCAAUCAAUGCAGGCACUGACGCUGCUAGUGCUGCAGCAGCCGCUGCUGCAAGGAAUGCUGCUGCUGCUGCAACGUACCCUGGGGGCCACUCGGAUGGCAAGUCGUGA